AUGGCCAUGGAUCCUGACAUGGACGGCGAAGUUGUGAUUCGCGCAGACACGGUGCAGCAAGUCUUGGAGCAUCACCGCGCUCAUCCGGAGGUCAUCCGCCUUUCUCUUCACCAGGUCCCCAUGGCAGCGCCCAACGUGGAGACCUUGGAGUCCGUCCUGCUGCCCGAGGUGGAUCCGGCCGCCCUCGAGGGCCUGAAGGAGCGGUCCGACGGCCUCCAGCCCUUCUUCUCCAUCGCCUGCUCGGGCGACACGGGUGCCGGGAAGUCCUUCCUCCUCAGGGCGCUCCUCCGACACUUCGACUCCAAGCAGGCUCCUCUGACCUUGGAUCUGGAGGCGUCGGAAGCCAGCAAGAUGAGCAUCACCGGGAACAUCACCUGCUACGUCCACAGGUUCAUCCUUGUCUUCGACCUCGAGGGGCCCAAAGGGACCCUGCCCUUAACGGAGGUGAUCCCCGCACAGCACGUGGGUGAGCUCAGGCUUGAUGUUGCUCAGCCUGAGCACAAGAAGCAGGAGAGGCUGCGGCAAGAGGCCGUCGCCAAGUACUUCCCGCCUUUGGCGGUGGCCAUCUCCAAUACGAUGAUGUACGUCACCAGGACCCCAAUGAAGAACAGCGAGACUGCGAAUCACAUCGAGCAGCUGGCGAAAAGCUGCUUCAAGGGCUCCCAGCACAAUGUCAACCCUUUCCUGAUCAUCGUGUACAACUUUGCCUCGCUCGGUGACGAGUGCAAGCCUGGCGAGGACGGCAGAGACCUCGAUCGGAACCAUACCAAGACCUUCGUGGCCCGUCAUCGUCAGAUUCUGUCCUCAGUGUUCAAGGACGUGCAUGUGGUGACGCUCCCGAACCAAAAGCUGGAUAACACGACGGAGGGGCUCAAGGGAGCUGAAGUCUUCCUGGACAAGAUCGACUACUUGACCGAGCUUCUCACUUCCCACCAACAACAGUCUCAUGACUUACGGGCACAGCAAGGCCUCGCGCUUCCUGCCCGCGCUCUGCUGACGGUGUUGCCCAAGCUUGUUCACCAGAGCGUGAACGGCGAGACGCCCUCCCUCGGUGCAGCCCUGAAGUCCUACAUGAAGGACCACCCCGAUGAGGACCAGAAGCUGCUAAAGUAUGUCUUCGAGGACAUUCAGACGAUCUACAGCCGGACAUGUGGGGCCAACAGCCACUCACUGAAGUCAGUCCGCUCCAAGUCCAUCAACGUGUCCAUGCGCAUGGCUUCACGCUAUUUGGCCUUCAAGUUUGUGUGCCAAGGGGUUCAGGACUUUCCGAAGCCUCUGCAGGACAAGCGCGCGGAAGGCCUCUACGAAAAGCUCCUCGUGUAUGUCAAGGCCCUCUACUGCAAGUGCUCGGCAGAAUCUGCCGAGCAUGGGGUGGUUUGUGGCAGGGACUACUUGGACCACGACAACAAGCACCGGCCCGUGGUUGCCAUGGACGAAGCGGACGAGUCUUUCUGGAGUUGGCUCUCCUCCUUCUUCAAAGGUGACCGUUGCUGGGAUGGGGACUUCCAGCUGAGUACGGAGGAUAAUGCCCAUCUGAACCAGAAGCUCAAGGAGGACAUGAAGCAGCACACCCACGCCACCGCACGUCUCUGGAAGGCGACGGAGCGAAGGACCGUGGAGGAGCGUUUCGAUCAGUUUCGCAAGCAGGGCAUUGACCUCUUGGUGCAGUACGCCCGCAGUAUCUACAAGGACUUGGGCAUGCACGUGUUGCCAAAGAAGGCUAGCAGGACCAGCACUCAGCUGCAGGAAAAGCCCGCCGAGCCCUUCUGCGUGGCCUGCUGCCAGCAAGUGCAGUGUGAGAUUCAGAGCUUCGUGCUGUGCACGAUCUGCCACAUGGACUAUGAGAGGGCACUUUUGGGCUCCUUACCCUCCAGCACACUCAGCGGCCCGCAGGUUUAUGCAAUCGGUCAGGAUGGGCUCAUCUACCAGCAGUUCAUGGACCGCCUGGGCGUGCAGAAGUCCUGGCCUCUCCAUGUUGCUUCUUGGAAGGCGGCGGACCCGAGCUCCCGCUUCAUCUCCAUCGCCGCCUCGAGUUGGGGGUGCAGGGCCCUUUUCGCUGUCACCCGGCAUGGGAGCCUGCAAAGGCUGGCUUUGCAGGAUUUAGAGCUCCAUGAGCACCCGUCUCAGAUCGUGUGGACUCCAGUCAGUCUUCCGGCCACUGUCAAGGCCCGGGCUGUUGCAAUCCUCGAGUUCGGGGACCUGGCCAAGAUCUUCGUCGUGAGCGAGAGUGGCCACCUCUACGUCAAGGGCUUGCAGGAGCUCGCCGCGCCCCCUCUCUCAGAUGGCUCUCGUGAUGCUCAUGACUCAGACCUAUCCUGGCAGUGUUUGACCCCUUCACGCACUUCCUACCUUCGCUGCAUCACCUUUGCUUCUGGAACCGCCUACGCCUUCUUCAGCCGCAUGGGGAUGCAGAAGCGGAACAUCUACAGGAUGCCCGUGUCCGACCUGAUGGGCGAGGAGUUCAAGCGAGCCCAGUGGCCGGACCGCUUCUGGAAGUGGCAUGCGCAUGGCCCCUCAGAGAAACUCCGAGCCAUCGCGGCCACAAGUACCCAUUUCUACGCCAUUUCGGGCGACAAGCGGGUCUGCCGAAUCUGCAACGACGUGCUGGAGAACUCCGCUGACUCUGUGCACACCUGGCAGGUUGUUUCCCCGGAUCUCUCCAACUUUGCCUCCAUCGCUGUUGGCCAAGAGGGUGAGACAGAAGCAUCGCUUGAGGCAUCAGACAUAGCAACGGAAGAAGGCGAGCCGGAUCCGUACGAAGAUGACGACGAGGAUGAGGCGGGGGCCAGUGAAGAGGUGGAAAGCCCGGAUUACCUGGAUAGUCUAGACAGCCAGGCCGGCCAGACGCUGGCUGACCUUGCUUUGCCCCGAUCGCUGGAACUCGCGGCGCAGGACUUUGAGGCAUCUGAGCCAGAUGUCGACGGUGAACACAGUGAACACGGUGAACGCAGUGAACACGGCGAGGUUCAGGUGGGUGUGUUCCAGAACCUGGCAGACAGGGCCAUGGAUGCCGUCCGCUGGGAGCUCCCAGAGCUCAGGGGCUUGAUGCGACUCGGGGCGCUCGGGCCGCUCGAGCCCCAGGGCGACCAGGGCGACCAUGUCCCCCUGAGCCCCGCACUCGACGAAGAAGGCGGAGCGCAGGGCGGAGGAGCCCAGGGCGGAGGAGCCCAGGGCGGAGGAGCCCGGGCCGGAGCCCGAGAAAAUCCAGAUCCUUCGGCCUUGCCGGGUGCACCCGGCGAGCUGCAGCUGCGGCAGAUCUUUCUGUGCAUUGCGGCCGGUGCCGUGGUGCCGCCUGCGCUGCUUCUGGUUCUCUUCCAAGGCCUUGGCAGCGCUGAUCCCGCCAUCACCGCCAUGCCUCUUCUUCUGGCCACCAGCCAAGAGCGGCACAUGCUGUUCCAUCACAAGAUGGUGUGCUUGAUGGGAUGGCUCCUUCAGAUGCUUGUUAUGUUUAGGCCCAGCUGCUCCUUCGCCAUCAGCUUGGCGCUUCUCUUCAACGCGAUCAUUGGGGUUAGCAAGGUCAGCCGCGAUCCGCUGCACGACCUCGUGCGACUCUGCGACCGGAUAUGGCAGCUUGUGAGUCACUUGCGCCUUGUGCCGAGCAAUGUGAUUGCUCUGUUGCAGAGCACGGCCCUGUUUGCUAGCCUCAUCUACUCCUUCCAGCAUAAGGGAGCCGCGAUCCCGUGGACGAUGUUCGGCUGCGUUGUGAGCGCCCUGGUGGCGAGCCAGUGCAUCUCCAUGUGGUCCUAUCUGGAGGUUGCAAGUCUGCAAGUCGUCCUCAACACAGUUCUCCUUUCUUUGCACUCGACCUUGUUUGGAAUGGAGACGCAGCAAAGGCUGGAAUACACAAGCGCAACCAUCAUUCUCAUUCACUGUGUAGCCUUGCUGAUGCGAGGAUCGCUCUACUUCGAAAAGAAAAACUUCGAAGCCACGGAGACUUGCUGGGUCAUGCUGGCGCAGGCCCUGUUCUGGAUGUUUGCCGCCUUCCUGAACAAGAGGCACAUCAGGGCGGCCUUGGUGGAGAUCAUGGCGGCCGUGGAAGGUCCAGAAGAUGAGGCGCCUGAGCCACGAAGACCUGGGCCCAUGGAGGGGCAGGCGAUGAACGGCCUCGCGCCGCCCGAGGGUGCAGGGGAGCGGCUGCGGAGGAGGGUGGUGUCGCUUGCUCGUGCAGCGGUGAACCGGUGA